CGUGGCCUGGCGGGCGCUGAUUGGCUGCGGGCGGGGCGGCCCUGAGGCGGAGCUCGAGCGAGGCGGGAAAAGCGCGGCGGCAGCGCCGGGCCUCGGAACCGUCCUCGGGCCGGGAACGGGAGCGGCGGCACCGCCGGGCCUCGGAACCGUCCUCGGAACGGGAGCGGCGGCACCGCCGGGCCUCGGAACCGCCCUCGGGCCGGGAACGGGAGCGGCGGCAGCGCCGGGCCUCGGAACCGUCCUCGGGCCGGGAACGGGAGCGGCGGCACCGCCGGGCCUCGGAACCGUCCUCGGGCCGGGAACGGGAGCGGCGGCAGCGCCGGGCCUCGGAACCGUCCUCGGGCCGGGAACGGGAGCGGCGGCACCGCCGGGCCUCGGAACCGUCCUCGGGCCGGGAACGGGAGCGGCGGCACCGCCGGGCCUCGGAACCGUCCUCGGGCCGGGAACGGGAGCGGCGAGAGCAGCGGCAGUGGCGGCAUGAGCAGCGGUGAGAGCAGCGGCAGCAGCGGCCCCGCCGCCUCGGGUAACGCCGGGGAGCCCGGCGAGACCCGUCUCCCCCUCACGGCCCUCCCGCCCCGGCCCCCCACCGCCAUGUCGGUGGAUCCCAUGGCCUACGAGGCGCAGUUCUUCGGGUUCACGCCGCAGACGUGCAUGCUGCGCAUCUACAUCGCCUUCCAGGACUACCUCUUCGAAGUGCUGCAGGUGGUGGAGGGCGUGAUGCUGAAGAAGCUCGACGGCAAAAUCAACCCUUCCCAGAUCCGGAAAUGCACCGAGAAAUUCCUGCUCUUCAUGAAGGAGCACUUCGAUAAACUGUUCACUAAAAUGGAAGAAAUGCUGCUGCAGCUGGUGCUGAACAUCCCUAAGAACGUGCUGCUGCCCGAGGACAGGGUGCAGGAGCAGUAUCGCUGCAGCGAGGAGGAAUUCCGGGCGCUGCAGGAGGAGGUGCGGCAGCUGCAGGAGCAGUACAGGGCAGAGGUGGCCACGGAGCAGGCGCUGCUGGCCGAGCUGGAGGAGCAGAAGAUUGUCAAGGCCGAGCUGGAGAAGACUUUGCAGUGCUUUGAUGAGCUUGAGAACAUCUGUAGGCAGCACGGGAUCGGCAACUUCAAGGAAAGCCUUGCCCUCCUGACACAGAGCUCUAAGAAAUUGCAGGAGGUGCUGAAAGACGUUGAGGAGAAGAGCAAAAAAAUGAAGCAGGAUGAUCAGUUAAUGUAAUGGAAAUUCGGAGAAGGUGACAGAUGCCAUAGACACAGCUUGCUUAAAAUAACAGGGUCUUAUCUUCCCCUUAGUCUGCUCAUCCUGCCAGGAUUUGGUCUAAAAGCUGUUGAACUGUGCCAGUUUGCACCUCCCUAAGGCAGGAAGGGGAGAAAGCCUGUAAAAUGUAACUCGGAUUGUUAACUUCCUAAGUUUUGGGUCGGGUAACGCGAUUGAAAACACUGAAUGUUAUCUUUGGACACAAUGUAAGACUUGUAGGAAUGUGUAGGUGGUUUCCAGCCUGAGGUCAGUGAGGCCCCGGGGACUUUGCCGGUGGCCAGGGAGCUGCCUGGGUGCCUUUCAGUGUGAAAUUCAGGGAGAAGGAUGACACUGAUGCUGUCUACAAGGUUCUGAUGAGAUCUAUUGGCAUCAAACCAAAUUUCAGCUCAGUUUCUGGAAUCUGAGGGUUCUUCACCGCUCUGCCUGUGCUUGUGUUUCUGUUGGCCCAGAACAGAAGCCACUGGAGGAAAUGAGUAAUUCCAUCACUUUGUCCUACUUCACCUUAUGUUGCUUUAUAUAUAUAUUUGUUUGGGGUUUUUUGGUUGCUCAGUGUCCCUUUUCUACUAAACAAAGUUUCUUUUAUUAACAUUUAAUCAGAUUUUCAAGUGAAAAUGUUGAGUAUUGAUAAGCUGUUGUGUCUGAAUUAAACUUAAUUAUCUCUGUGCUUAAUUCAAAAUCCCUGACAGUCUGUGCAUCUUUCCACAUCAGUUUUUUAAUCUCCUGUUUAGUCCUAUCAUUAAAUAUCAAUAUUAAUUCUACUUUACUAGCAUAGAGGUUAUUUCAAUAAAAAAGUGUAUUGAAAACA